AUGAAAAGUAAAAUGCCACCAUUUAGACGUAAAAAAUCAGGAAAGUCUUUUCCUAUUAAAGUUUGCACUCUAGAUGCAGAAUUAGAAUUUAAUUUGGAGUGGAGAGCUACGGGGAGAGAUCUAUUUGAUCUAGUUUGCAGAACAAUAGGAUUAAGAGAAACAUGGUACUUUGGUCUUCAAUAUGAAGAUGCUAAAGGGUUCAUAUCAUGGCUCAAAUUAGAUAAAAAAGUGCAGGAUCAAGGAAUUUCUCAGCAACCAACCACACCUUUUAUGUUCCUUGCUAAAUUUUAUCCAGAAGACGUCGCUGAAGAAUUAGUUCAAGAAGUAACGCAACAUCUUUUUUUUCUUCAAGUUAAGCAAGCCAUUUUGUCAAUGGACAUUUAUUGUCCACCAGAAGCUUCAGUUUUAUUAGCAUCUUAUGCCGUACAAGCAAAGUAUGGAGAUUACGAUGAAGUUUCCUGUAGACCAGGAAUGUUAACCAGUGAACAUUUACUUCCCCAAAGGGUAAUUGAUCAAUAUCAAAUGACAUCAGAAAUGUGGGAGGAUCGUAUUAAAAUUUGGUAUGCGGAUCAUCGAGGAAUGUCUCGUGAUGAAGCGGAAAUGGAGUAUUUAAAAAUAGCACAAGAUCUUGAUAUGUAUGGCGUCAAUUACUUUCCGAUAAAUAACAAAAAAGAAACAAAUUUAUGGCUUGGUGUAACAGCACUUGGGUUGAAUAUUUAUGAAAAAGAAAAUAAGUUAACUCCAAAAACUACAUUCACUUGGUCUGAAAUACGUCAUAUAAGCUUUGAUGAUAAAAAAUUUGUAAUCAAACCAGUAGAAAAGUCAUCACCAAAUUUUGUGUUUUUUUCUUUAAAAGUUCGCAUGAACAAACUGAUUCUCGAUCUAUGCAUUGGAAAUCAUGACUUGUUUAUGAGAAGGCGUAAACCCGAUUCGAUGGAAGUUCAGCAAAUGAAAGCUCAAGCCAAAGAAGAAAGAUCUAGGCGACAGAUAGAAAGGAAUAAAUUGGCAAAAGAAAAGCAAUUACGUGAAGCUGCUGAAAAAGAAAAAGCUGCCAUGGAACAACGAUUACUUCAAUAUCAAGAAGAAAUUCGUCUAGCAAAUGAAGCAUUGAGAAGGUCCGAAGAAACAGCAGAUUUACUAGCAGAAAAAAGUCGAGUAGCUGAAGAAGAAGCUAUGCUAUUAAGUCAGAAAGCGUCCGAAGCUGAACAAGAGAUUACUCGGAUUCGGCUAAAUAAUAUGAAAACUGAAGAAGAAAAAGUUCAUUUAGAACGAAAAACAAGAGAAGCAGAAUUACUAACAGAAAGGUUGGUUCAAGAGUCUGAAAGAAGAGCUGCAGAAGCUGAGAAACUAAAGGAUGAAUUACUUCGAGCACGCAUAGCUGAAAAAGAAGCUAAAGAAAAGCUUUUAGAGUUUUUAAGUAGAAACGCUUAUACAGCCACUAUAACACCUGUACCAAAUAUAUUUCCAUCAACACAAGUUCUACCGUCCGAUUUACAAGCAGAUCUUCAAACUUUGCAGUUAGAUACAGAUCCACUUCCUACAGAAUUAACAUCGUAUGAUCUCAUAACUGACGGAGAUGUUGAUCAACUCUCGUUAGAAAUAGAAAAGGAAAGAGUUGAUUACUGGGAAAAAAGUAAACAUUUGCAAGAACAGUUGCGUGAAUUACGCUCUGAAAUAGAAGUAAUGAAAGUUGGGGAAAAACAAUGUGAUUUAGACCAACUCCAUGACGAACAAGUUAGACUUGGUGAAAAUAAAUACAGUACUCUUAAAAAAGUUAAGUCAGGCUCUACUAAAGCCAGAGUUGCCUUUUUCGAAGAACUUUAG